AUGCAGAUUGAGACUACUGCCAUGCAACUUGACAUCCAAGCGCAUCAGCAGAAGAUGAUCAUGGAGCACCAGGAGCGAGAGAAGAAGUGGACUGGCCAGCCUGCUGUCCCUCAGACUCUAGCUGUUCCUCAGCCUUAUGUUGCUCCUACAACCUACAGUGCUUAUGGUCAGCCCGGUGCAAGCUCGGUGACGACGACAUACUCGACUACUGUUCAACGUGCGCCGCAGACUACCUCUGUCGAGGCUCCUGCUGCAGCUGCUCAAUAA